AUGGCAUCCGAAGCAGAGAAAACAUUCCAGCGGUUCGCUGUCCUUGGAGACUCCUCAAGCAGUGGUGCUGAAAUAAACAACAAGAACUUCUCCAAGCUGUGCCAGGACUGUGGCAUCACAGAUGGGAAGACGGUCACCUCCACAGAUGUGGACACUGUGUUCAACAAAGUCAAGGCCAAGGAUGCCGGAACCAUCACCUUUCAGCAGUUCACAGAAGCAAUGAAGGAACUGAGCCAGAAGCGCUUCAAGGAAAAGAGCCCAGACCAAGGCCUAGAGGACAUUUAUCGACUCAUGGAGGGCAAGAAUCCAGCCACCACUGGUGCUGCAACGGCAGGUGCUAUGGACUGCCUCACCGACACUAGCAAAUACACCAGCAGCCAUGAGGAGCACCUGGACGACAGUGGCAAGGGCAUCACAGGACAGAAUGAGACCACUGAUAACUCAGGCUAUGGGAGGGGCCACAAGGGUGCUGGCACCUACGACAAGAAGAAUUAG